CUAAUUAAUGUGUGAAGAUAGCCUGAGCAGUGAGCACGUAAAAAAUAAAGAGACUAAUUAAGCACAUGUUCUGCAUAGUUUUUUUUCGUUAGUAUUAACUUAAUUAAUUAGUGAUGGAAACUGAAUAAUUGAAGGCUAAGUAUGCUGCUCUAAUUCUUCGUCUGCAAGCUCAAUUACUGGAGCAAAACAGAAAAUUUAGAGGAAACACUUUUCAACCAGUACAUGAUGUACUACCGAAUUCGUCCCUGACGGAAAGGGAAAAUGAGCUGGCAGUGGGAUUCAAGAAGGAAAAAUGGGCUUCCAGUUCUACAACGGAAACAAAAAGGAAAAGAAAAUCUUAGUAAGCCUUGCGAGCAGCUUUUCUGUUGCAUGAUGAAAAAAUGGCAUAGUAAUUAUAUCUUUCCCAUCGAACAAGACUUGGAGGAAUUAUCCAGAAUGUCACUAGGUAUUCGUUCAGUAAGCUACUAUCGAGACUGGUCCAGUAGAGAAAUGUCAGCUGAAUUAGAGAAAGUCUUCAAAGGACUGGAUAUCUGUGGAGGCUACUGCUUGUGUGUGAAGAGUGGAAAGUUCCUGAAACAUGUUCAAAGUAAUGUUCCCGAUGGAAAAUCUAUCAAGGGUCUGUUCCCCAAGAUGGUGUAUAUUAUACCAAUGCAAAUGGAUAUCGUAGGAGUGUUGGAUUGUAAUUAUAAUAAAAACUCGUCAACGUCCUUUUAUGUAGACCCAAGCAAUAUCUCUCAGUCGUUGUAGAAAACGAU